AUGGCAGAGGACAACGGGACCGGGGUGACCGGCUUCCUCUUGAAGGGACUGUCGGACCGGCCAGAGGUGCGAUUCGCUGCCUUCGGUGCUGUCUACUCGGCCACGCCCCUGGCCAACGGUGUCCUCCUCCUCGCUGUCUACACCGACCGCCUUCUCCACUCGCCCAUGUGUUUCUUCCUCGCCAACCUGUCUUUGCUGGACGUCUCCCACCCCACGGCCGCGCUCUAUUUCCUGGUGGCUCCGGCGGGGAAGGACGUCUUCCUCCUGGCGGUGUCGGCCUCUGAGCAUCGCUUGGCCGUACUCUGCCCUCUCCGCUAUGAUGUUCUCAUUGACGGGAGGGUGUGCGUCGCGCUGUUGGCCGGAGCCUGGCCCACCCACUUCCUCAAGUCCCCCCUGCACGUGUCCUUCACCUUCACGAUGAGUUUGUGCCACUCCAAUCUGGUGGACCAGUACUUCUGCGACGUCCCCCUGGCCGUCCACCUCUUCUACGGCCCUGUCAUCUUCACCUACAUCAGGCCAUCUUCCGGUCACUCUCCCAGAAGUGACGGGCUCAUGGGCAUGCUUUAUGGCGUCCUCGACUCUCCCUCAUCGAUAACCUGA